CGAUGUCUAUUUCGCACUCGGCUUCGAUUCCUGCUCCGUGACAUUCAUGGCGGCGAUCGCCGACUCCAGCAAUGGCUCCCACGACGGGUCGGCCGCGCGCGUGGAGAACAAGGGCGCGGAUGGUUCCAGCCCCGCUGCACCUUGGAUCGAGCACACCCUCCGCGGAGCGGAGGAUCUCAAGCAAGCAGUCACCGCCGCCGCCGAGACCGCCUUCCAGGUCGCCGGAUCCUCCGCCGAUGAGAUCACCAAAACCGUCACCUCGUCCGCGGUCUCCGCCAUGCAGUCGGCCGGCUCGUCCCUGUCAUGGGCUUUCUUGGCCUACUCGGAAACCCUCGACGUAGCCAAAGACAAGAUUCAAGUGGCGAGAGAUCAUUAUGCUGCUACCGAAGAAAUGGCAGUGGCGAAGAUCAAAGAGGGUAUCAUUGAGGCUGCAACUCAUCCGGCCAUGUCUUGCGGAAUUGCUGCAGGCUUGGGGCUUGUCCUACUCAAAAGACCUAGACGAUAUCUGAUCCGCAACACUAGGCGUAUCUUCGUGAGUGAAGAGUCUUUGCUAUCUAGUGCUGAGGCGAAAGUUAAGGAGUUGCAACAAUCCGUGAACAUGGUUACAAAUGAAAGCAAGAAGUUGGAGGAUAGAGCUACACGAGCGCUAGACGAAAUCAAAAGAGGGCAGAGAACGCUUAUGGAAGAAGGACGACAAAUCCAGAUGCAAUUAAAUGCUACAAAUCCUGUUGAAAAAGAACUUAUGUCCCUGAAAGACAGCCUAAUUGAACUUCCAAAGGCAGAUGCUUCUCGAUACCGUUCCGAGGUUUCUGCCAUUGCUUCUCAAAUCAAGCAAGAACGGAAAUCUCUGCAUGGUGCCCUCUCAAGGAUCAUCGAUCAUGGAAUUCCUUUGUGAUCAUCCUCUCUCUCAUUUCCAACUUUAUUGGAUUGGUAGUGAUUUCCUGCUCAAGUUUCCAAGCAAAGGUUGAGAUUUAUGCUUUAAGACCCCUAGCAAGAAAUAAUGGCAAUAUUUUUCUCAUACAUCUUUUUUAUAAUCUUAAACUCGAUUUCUCUUUUGAAUCUCUCUUUUCCAUGUGUGUUUAUCAUGGAAUAAUCAUCACUCAGGCCUUGUUUAUUUGAGCGAACGGAAAUAAAAAUUAUGAAAAAAAAAUCAUGGUGAAAAAUUUUCCUUUUUUUUUCAUAUAAAGGAUGAUUUUUUUCUUCCAUUUAUCUAA